AUGGCAACAUUGGCAAGAUCUUUCUCUUCCCGCCUAAACUUAGAGCUCGGCAAUAAGCUGAAGGGAUUGGUUUCGGAACAACUUCACGAUGAAGCAUUGAGACUGUACAAGCAAAAGAUUCAUCCUUUAGGCACUAAUGGCUUCACAGCGAUUCUUCCUUCUGUCAUCAAAGCUUGCUCUUUUCAACACGAGCCUUUUUUACUUGGCGAGCAGAUUCAUUGCCUUUGUCUCAAGUCAGGCGCUGAUCGUGAUACCGUUGUGUCCAACUCUCUCAUCUCUAUGUAUGCGAAAUUCUCUACCACAUACUCCGCACGUAAGGUAUUCGAUGAAAUGCUUCAAAGAGAUACCGUUAGCUAUUGCUCCAUCGUCAACUGUUAUUGUCAGGAUGGAUUGUUGUAUGAAGCGCUAAAUUUUUUCAAAGAGAUGUAUUUUUAUGGUUUUUUUCCGAAGUCCGAGCUGGUUGCAUCUCUAUUGGCUCUCUGCACUCGCAUGGGAAGCAGCAGUAAGGUAGCAAGAAUGCUUCAUGCUCUUUUUCUUGUUGAUGAGAGGAUGCAGGGAUCAGUUCUCUUAGCAACGGCAUUGGUCGAUAUGUACUUAAAGUUUAAUGAUCCUGGAGCAGCCUUCCAUGUGUUUGAUCAAAUGGAGGUGAAGAAUGAGGUCUCAUGGACCGCCAUGAUCUCGGGCUGUGUCAUGAAUCAUAACUAUGAGAUGAGUAUUGGCUUGUUUCUAGCAAUGCAGAGAGAAAACGUUAGGCCCAACCGUGUUACACUGUUGUCUAUUCUACCUGCAUGUGUAGAAUUGGGUUCUGGCUUAAGGAUGGUGAAGGAGAUUCAUGGAUUUUCUUUUCGUCAUGGAUUCCAUUCUGAUGGUCGAUUAACAGCUGCUCUUAUGACCAUGUACUGCAGAUGUGGUUAUGUAAGUCUCUCUAGGUUACUAUUCAAGGAAUCAAAAGUCAGAGAUGUUGUAAUGUGGAGUUCAAUGAUUGGUGGCUAUGCUGAUACUGGAGAUUGCUCUGAAGCUAUGAAUCUGUUAAGUCAAAUGAGAAAAGAAGGAACUGAACCCAACUCGGUUACUUUGUUGUCUAUUGUCUCAGCUUGCACCCAUUCUGCAUCAUUUAGGUUUGCAUCUAGAAUCCAUUCUCACAUCCUGAAAUGUGGCUUCAUGUCAAAUAUCUUAUUGGGCAACGCCCUCAUAGAUAUGUAUGCAAAGUGUGGCAGUCUUCUUGCAGCGCGCAAAGUAUUUUAUGAACUUAAUGAGAAAGAUCUUGUGUCAUGGAGCACAAUGAUAAAUGCAUACGGUCUUCAUGGCCAUGGUUCAGAAGCGUUAGAAACUUUUCAAGGGAUGAUAAAAAGUGGAGAGAAAGUAGAUGCAAUGGCAUUUCUUGCAGUUUUAUCGGCUUGCAACCAUGCUGGCCUGGUAGAAGAAGCUCAAACCAUAUUCACACAAGCUGACAAAAGUUACCAAAUGUCACUCACAUUGGAGCACUAUGCUUGCUAUAUCAAUCUUCUUGGCAGGUCUGGGAAGAUCGACGAUGCCUUUGACGCUGUAAGAAAUAUGCCCAUGCAUCCAAGUGCAAGAAUAUGGAGUUCUCUGCUAUCCUCUUGCGAGAUUCAUGACAGGCUUGAUGUGGCAGGAGAAAUUAUUGCAAACGAGCUAAUGAAAUCUGAACCUGACAAUCCAGCCAAUUAUGUAUUGCUGAGCAAGAUUCACACAGAAUCUGGUCAUUGCUAUGGUGCAGAAGAAGUGAGGAGGGUUAUGCAGAGACGGGGACUGAACAAAUGCUACGGAUUCAGUAAAAUUGAACCUGAAUUACACAUUGCGGAUUACCAAGGAAAAUCUGGGCGUCCUAUAUGAAGAUCUUAUCUAAGCGCUGCUCUCUUUCUGCAGUUCAAAAGCAGCAUCACUGA